ACGGCAGGGCCAGAGCCUGGGGACCCCCGGGGCGGCUGAGUUGGCCCAUGGCGGCGGGCGCGGGCGCCUUCGCGUGGGCCACCUUCCCCGCCAUGCCCACGCGGCGCGUGUACUGCAGCGCCGCGCACCGCGACGGGCAGCUCUUCGUGCUGGGCGGCUGCGGGAGCGGCGGGCGAGCCCUGGGAACUGCUGAGGUGCUCGACCUCCCAGCCCAGCGCUGGACCACGAUCCCACCACUGCCCACGCCGCGGGCUGGCGCUGCCGCCCUCGCCCUGGGCAAGCAGAUCUUGGUGGUGGGCGGUGUGGACGCGGCACAGAGCCCCCUUGCCUCCGUUGAGGUCUACCACGUGGAUGAGGGCAAGUGGGAGAAGAAGGCUGCAUUGGCUCAGCCCUCCAUGGGCAUCUCAGCUGUGCAGAGAGAUGGGGCUGUCUACGCGCUGGGGGGAAUGGGUGCAGACACAUCUCCCCAGGCACUGGUCCGUGUCUAUGAGCCAGCAAAGGACCACUGGCAGCCCUUACCCUCCAUGCCCACCCCGUGUUAUGGAGCCUCUGCCUUUCUGCAGGGAAACAAGAUCUUCGUCCUGGGAGGCCGGCAAGGCAAGCUGCCUGUCACCGCCUUUGAGGCCUUUGACCUGGAGACAAGGAGCUGGACACGCUACCCCAGCGUGCCCAGCCGCCGCGCUUUCGCCGCCUGUGCUAUGGCUGAUGGGGUUGUCUUCAGCCUGGGAGGGCUGCAGCAGCCAGGACCACACAACUUCUAUUCCCGUCCCCAUUUUGUCAACACUGUGGAGAUGUUUGAUCCUUCACAGGGUGUGUGGAGGAAGCCAAGCCGCACCAUCCGUAUGAAAGAGAAGAGGGCCGACUUUGUGGCUGGAUGCCUGGGAGGAAGAGUGGUGGCCGUGGGUGGCCUCGGGAACCAGUCCUGCCCACUGGACUCAGUGGAAGGGUUCAGCUUCUCGCAGAAAAAGUGGGAACCACUACCCCCCAUGCCCACUGGCCGCUGCUCCUGCUCCAGCUGCCCAGCGCCCAGCCUGCUCUUCGUCAUCGGCGGUGUGUCCCAGGGUCCCAGUGGCGCUGUCGAGGCUCUGUGCCUGCGUGAUGUGCCCUGAGCAGGCCCCGGGGGACCAGCCCUGGCCAAGCACCAAGUGCCUGAAGACAGGGACAGGGUGUGUGAGCACCCAUGUGUUCACCCAAGGUGACCUGGCUCCAGGAAACCUCUGUCCCAUGAUGCCAGGCACCAAAGCAGCUGUGGUUUUGGGAACUUCCAGCUCCUGCAGCACUGUGGCAAUGAAGCCCAGGGCAAACUCCUGCCUAGUGGGAUGCAGUGGUGGGAUGCAGAUCCAUCGCCAGCAGUGUGGAGGGAGCAGUUGUGGCAGGACUGGCGCUGGCCUCACUGCCCUGUCCAGCCCCAUCUGUGCCACGGCGUAUCCGUGCCGUGUGUGUAGCAGUGAGUGCUGUGUCAUUGUAGACCCAGUCCAUGUCUCAUGUAGCACAGAGGUGCCCUGUAGCUCAGUGCCUGGGAGGUGAUGUAGCACCUCAAAUAAAUGGAACA